AUGUCUAUAAACGAUGUUACAAUUGAUACAAGUACAUACUAUUCCAUUUUAGGUGUACCGACAAAUGCAUCCACCAACGAAAUAAGGAAAUCAUACAUGAAGUUGGCUAAAAAAUUGCAUCCUGAUAAAACUAAAUCAGAACAUACAGCUGAGCUCUUUAAAUUAGUAGUGGAUGCACAUUCCAUUCUAAAUAACGACCAACUGCGAGCAGAAUAUGACAAAAAGUUAAUAUUAGAAGGAAGAUUUGAACUACAUCAGCAUGGGGCGAAACAGAAAAACAAGGAUAUAAGAAAAGGAUAUACCUUUAAAAGAAAUAGUAAGCCUUAUGAGCAACAACCAUACGGUUUUGGUGUCCAAGUUCCCAAAGGUCCACAUGAGGAAUCUAAUUAUGAGGCCAAUAGUAAUCCGCAUAACGAGAACUCUUCUAAUAACGAUACAAAGAUGAAGUCUACGAAUUUACAUGAUACGCUAAGCAAGGAUUCAGAAGAUAAGCAUGGAACAGACGAUGCUUCGGAUAUACAGCCGCCAACUAAAUCAAAUGACAUCGCAAAUGAGGUUGGCUCCAAAAGAAAAUCGAAUUCAAAGGAUAUACAUCAAGACCAUAGCUCAAAUAUUGGUUUAAAUCCUUUGAAGAAGAAGAAACUUGAAAAGAAGGCUGUACACGCAACAACUACAGAAUCAAGAAGGUAUAUGAGAAAGAAAAGCGAGAAAAAGGCCACACCACCCAUUCAGCCUCUGGCAGAUUUACAAAUAAAUGACGACUGGGAGAAGCUAAGAGAGGUUUUACAAAGAAUUGAAAAAGAGGACAGCCGUGGUGGUAAGGAAUUUACUUUAGAUAUUGAUGUUAACGAGCAAAUGUACAAUCUUUCUAUGGAAUCAUCUGAUGACGAGCACACAAUCCCUACCAAAAAAAGAGCAAAAGUUGGAUCAAAUAUACAAGGAAAUAGUCGUUAUUUUGCUCAAACUGCUGCUUAUGAUAUGAAUCAGAUAAACGCAAACUUGGGUACUAGAAAUACAGAAGAUGACCGACAAGCAUCUUCAAAGAUAAGUAUCACUGAGAUAGAUGACAUUUUGGAUCUCUUGAAGGAAAGAGUGCCAAGCCCGCCUAAAUUAGGUCACCUCGGUGUUCAGCGAGAUCAACAAAAUAGAGCUUUAGAAUACAUCAAAUACACUGAUGAAUUAAAGAAAAGGAUAUUAUAUGUACUAUCUAAUUCCUCUACUACAGAAGCAAUGCAGCAUUUCAACAGGCAUACCCAAUCUGUUCUAGCUCACAAGACCAUGGAAUUAAGGCUAUGUGAAAAACUUACUGAAAUUCAAAAGUGUCAGCAAGGUGUUAUAGAGUAUUUCUCACGUACAGCUUUAGGAUAA